UCUCGCUCCAACACUGUACACAAUUUUCACUGCUGACAUGCCAGUAAUAAACGACGAUAACAUCACUGUUGCUAUAUAUUAGGGCUCGUAAAAUUAUCCGACUAUUCGACUAAUCGGUUAACCGAUUAUUCGAUUCGUAACCGUUCGCAUGCUUAUUAGUCGGUUAAUGGUAUUCGAAUAGUCGCCCGCCUUCGAUUAUUCGAAUAGUUGCUUUGCUUCGACUACUCGAGCAUUGUAGCAAAUCGAAUUUCAGUAACCGAACUUUCAUUGAAAUUUCUUUGACAAAUGAAAAAAAAAUUUUUUAAAAUAUAUACAUGCACACAUAUGUAUGUAUAUUCAGAUACAAAAAUGAGCGGACGCAAAAGGAGCUGGGUUUGGGAUUUUUUCGAAAAAUCAGAGGACGAAAAGGAAGUAACAUGUUCCAUAUGUGGUGCAGUUUUGUGCUACAACUCCUCCACAUCCUCACUGAACAACCAUUUAACAAAAAUCCAUAACAAAAAUCGCGAAAACGAGAGCGCACAUUCAGCCGAAGCUUUCCACAGUGAAAUUUCAAGCGAUAGGCCCAACAAAUCCAAGAAGAAGAGGCUAGAAGGUGACACAGCCGUCGUUACACACGAACGUCAAGAAGAAAUUUCACGAGCAGUUGCACGUUUGAUUUCAACCAACAUGCUACCUCUUUCAAUUGUGUCUUCCGAUGGCUUCAGAGAUUUUAUGAAAGUGAUAGAACCCGGCUACAAAGUUCCCUGCGUUAGAAGCAUUCAUUCUCGCUUGAAGCUAUUAUAUAAAUCCGUCAAAGACAAUAUAUGCAAUGAAUUGGCGGAGGCAUCAAGUGUUUCAAUUUCUGUGGAUGAAUGGUCUUCUCGAACGCUGGAUUCUUAUAUAUCAGUAGAAGCUCAGUAUUUUAACUCAAAAUACGACUUGUGCACUGCUACGCUUUGUAACAAGCAGUUGGAAGGAAGACCAAAUGCAGAUAAUAUUGCUUCCACUGUCGAAUCAGUUUUAAAUGAUUGGAAUAUUUCAAAUAAGGUUCAAUCAAUAACUCACGAUAGUGCAGCAGUUAUGAAUGCUGCGGCACAGAAACUAUUAAAUAUACCUGAUAGUGUUAAGUGCAACGCUCAUCUUCUGCAGUUGGUUGUUAAGGAUGCAAUUGGAGCCGUUCCACAGUUUACUGAAAUAUGCAAGAAAGCCAAAAAUGUGUCUUCGUAUUUUCAUCGCUCAAGCGUAGCCAAAAAUGCUCUUUCAAUUCGCCAAGUACAGUUGGGAAUUAAAGAAAAUCGGCUAGUUCAAUCUUGCGAGAUUCGUUGGAACUCGAAAUUAUACAUGUGCGAAAGUAUAAUUUUAAACCGCAGUGCAAUCUGCUUAGUUUUAGGAGAUAGAGCAGUCACCAAAUCAUGCGAUGCACUUAAACUUGAAUUUACUGAAAGAGAAUGGAACGAAUUGGCGACUCUGGUGAGGGUUAUAAAUCCAUUUGAUAAAGCUACAACAGUGUUAUGUAGCGCAAAAACUGUAACGAUGUCUUUGGUCCGUCCUAUAAUAAAUCGGUUUACUCAAAAUCAUAUGUCAGCAUCUUCUACUGAUGGAAUAAAUGAAAAAAUAUUUAAAGAAUGUGCCAGAAGAUCUUUUUUUAAAAGAUUUAACAUUGGAAACAGUUGCGAUGACAUUCCUGCUUCUCUUGUAGCAACAUUUUUGGAUCCACGAUAUAAAAAUUUGUAUGGCGAAGAUGUUGAAACAAAAACCAAAAUUCAUGACUUUGUAAGAAGCUAUUUAGAAAAAGAGAAAUCAACAAAUGUGGCAGAGCCCAAAGUAGAAUCCACGGAUUUGGACUUUUUGUUUGACGAUGACACGUUGCCCAAUGACGUGACGUCUCAGCUAGAUUUAUAUAUUGCAGAACCACAACUUGGUCAUAAUAUUGAUCCAAUAACAUGGUGGAAAACUCAUAGCGAAAUUUAUCCUAAUAUUUUCAAGUUAGCCAAGCGUUAUCUAUGUAUUCCAGCAACUUCAGCUGAGUCGGAGCGAACAUUUUCUAUUGGUGGAAACAUUGUCUCUCAACGAAGAAGCUGCCUACUGCCACAAAAUGUACACCUUCUCACAUUUUUGUGCCAAAACAGACGUUUCUUAAAAGAAGUUAAUAUAGGAUUUUAAGGUUUUUAAUAACGAUGUGUUUAAAAAACUAUGGUAUCCAUAUAUACUAUUUACAUUUAUGUUGUAUUUCAUCCUUUAAUUUGGAAAUAAAUGAUUCUUAAAUAUGGAAAUAACAUAUUUUGGCAAUUCACAAUGUGUAUUCAGAAACGUAUUGCCUUAUGGGGGUCUAUAUGGCACAAAAUAACGGUGUAUGCAAAAAAAACUAUCCAAAAAAUGUGUCUUAUAAUAUAGCCCUUAACAUUGAUACCAAAGAUUUGGUAAUAAUUAAUAUGGGAUAGAAUUUAAUUUUAUUUCCUCCAGUAUUUUGCUGCACAUUUCUUGC